AUGAGUGAUCACCAGAACCCCUCAUAUGAGGAUGCAGGUGUCGUGGAAGGCCCUGACUUGAAAAAGCCCUGCCUGAUCGAUACGCCUGUCGCAGGCACCCCAGACAAUGGCAGCGAUUUUUACAACACUCCCUUGGCUGGAGCUACCCCAGUUUUAAACACAAGUAGCAUGAAAGCAGAGCCAACCAGCGCAUCCGAUGUUACUGCGCUCCCGAAAUCCCAGCCUUCGAUUCCAGGAUUGAACCUGAUCGACCACUCCACUCAAAAGGACUCCAGCUUGCAAUCCGAACCCGAAGUCACUCAAGAGCAAGUUGAGCCAGUGAUCAAGCAAGUGGAUACUCAAAAUGAUACUCAGUCCCAGCCCACCGAUGUGCAGAUGAAAGAAGGACCGGAGACAACACAAAGUAAACAGGAAGCAAAGGCCUCUCUCGACGAAGUGAUGGAAGUUGUGGACACACACGAAGGCAACAUGAUCGAAGUCGCCCCCAAUACCGAAAAUGAAGAAGAAGGGGAGCACCCAGAGUGGGAAGUCGACUCGUCCCCGUACGAGUCAUCAUCGGACAGCUCUGAUUCCUCGGACUCGGACGAUAGCGACGAUGAAGACUAUCCGAUUCUCAGUGCCGAGGAGCAAGCGAAAAUCCUUAUGCAAGCAGAAGGUGGCUCUGACGACGAAGGAGAUGGCAAGGGAAAAUCGGGUGGCCAGCUUCGCACUACGAACGAAGUUGAAGAAGAGGUCUUGCCAAUCCCUGAUGUUAAAAUCACACCUGAGAUGAAGAUCGUGUUCUUGGGUAAAAUCCAUGCCGCCAUCGACAACAACGUCCUCAUUGAGGCCAAUACUUCCGGAGAAUACCAAGUACUUGAGUCGGGCUCUUUGCUUUGCUCCGACGAUCGAAAGCCCAUUGGCGUAGUCGCCGAGACACUGGGUAGAGUGGAGAAUCCCCUAUACACCAUGACAUUUGCAACUGCAUCCGAAGUACAGGAAAAGGGCCUAGUCAAAGGUACAGAUAUCUUCUAUGUUGAAGGACACUCUACAUUCGUAUUCACCCAGCCACUGAAGGGCAUGAAGGGAAGUGACGCAUCCAACUUCCACGACGAGGAAGUUGCCGCUGAAGAGAUGGAAUUCUCCGACGACGAAGAGGAGGCUGAGUAUAAACGCAAGCUGAAGCAAAAGCGCCAAGAGCGAAAGGAAGCCAGGGAUGGUCCCAAGGGCAAGAAGCCCGCUCCAGGGCCUUCGAAAUUGAACCAGACCGAGCUCAACUACGACGAUGCGGGAGGCGAGGAGGGUUACACCCCUCUCGCACGCCCUACCAAUCUGCACGAGAUCAUGGGUGCCCGCGAGGCACCAGUCGAAGGAAACGAGCGUGGCGGUGCCCGCGGCAGAGGUCGUGGCCGAGGUGACCGUGGCCGUGGCGGACGAGGCCGAGGCGGAGCUGGAAGAGGCGGCAGAGACUGGGAUCACGACCGUCGGCCCCAACAGAGCCAAGAGCCCCAAACCCAGCCUCAAGCUCCGCCUGCACCCUACGGACAGCCAAUGUACCAGCAGCCUCAACAACCUGUUUACGGCAUGCCCCAACCAUUCGCCGCAUAUGCCCAAUACGCACAGCAACAAGCUCAGAACCCACAGUAUGCUCAGCAGCAGCCGCAGCAAUUUGGACAAGGUGGAGCGCAACCACAAUACCCGUUCCAAUUCCCCUUCCAGCCGGCCCAGCUGCAACCCAAUGGUUUCCAGAACAUCCCACAGGGUGCCCCUCAUAUCAACCCUCUUUUCCUGGCUGCUUUGCAACAGCAGCAGCAAUAUCAGCAACAUCCCCAGCAGCCUCAACAACAAUAUCAGCAGCAGCCCUCCCAACAGCAAUAUCAGCCUCAGUACCAGCAACCUCAACAGCAACAAGCUCAAGGUCAGAACCCGGCUAUGAACUUCGAUCAAGUCAAAGCUCAAUUGGAUCUGCUGCGAAGCUUGAGCCAAGGGAACCAAGGCCCUCCACCUUCUUGA